AUGACGGCUCCUUUGUUUCGGAGUCUCAGUUGGCGGCUUGUGGGAUUAUCAUUGCUGAUGCCCAUGGUCAGGUGA